AUGCCCAACACCGCAUCACCGUUCAAGAUGCAUCGCCUGAGUCGGACACAUCUGGUCGUCGGCGCCGUCAUUUUGGUGGCCUUAUACCAGUCACUGUCCUACAUGCGGUCCAGUUAUGUUGCUGAACCUCAGAACGGCAGAGAUGCAGGCCUCCUGUACCAUUUCCUAGGCUCUAACACUACCCAACCGACGCAGCCGCUAAAGUAUGUAUCCUCGUCUGCAGACCUACGCAAAAGCAGUGGUAUAACCGUCGACUCGAUCGGCCAGCUCAUCGCAAACGCAAAUACAACCUUUGAAGAUCUCAUGGCCAAGAAGUCCACAAGUUUGAACGAGGCUGCAAAUACAUACCGUAUCAAACGUGGCCGACAUCCGCCUCCAGGCUUCGAUCAAUGGUACGAAUACGCAAUUUCUAACGAUGCCAUCAUCAUCGAAGACUUUUUUGACCAGAUCUACCACGAUUUGGAGCCGUUCUGGGCUCUUAGUGCUCGGGACAUCCGAGAUAGGGCUCGCAAUCUCGGUAUGCACGUGAGUAUUCUUAAUGCCACCGCCGAAGCCAAUACUGGCUGGUUCUGGCAUGUCAUCUGGGCCAGCAUGAUCAAUGAGGUCGCUUACAUGUUGCCGAACAUGGUUAUUCCACUCAAUGCAAUGGAUGAGCCAAGACUCAUGGUUCCAUUUGAGGACAUCACUACCUUCGUCGCCGAAGCGCACAACCACCGAGUCGUACCACAUCCUGAGCAGGUUACAGAUACCAUCACUGGAUGGACCGACAACGUUGAGCCAGAUCAACCAUACUUAGAUAUCGAGUGGUCCCAGUCUGCACCACUGUCAUUCGCCCGGGCGGCAUGCGCACCAGAUAGCCCUCUACGGUCGGAGCCUACAGCUUUACAUCUCAAUAUGGCAGUCCAACCCGAACACGAGCAGCAGCUGAACUUUAUGUUAGACGGCUUCAUUCGCAACUUCACGCUUGCUUCCGAUGUAUGUCAAGAUGCUAGUAUUGCUGCCUAUCAUGGAGCACUCACCAGCCCUCUCACCGCCUCGACCAGCCGAGACUUACUUCCCCUAUUCGGAGGCUCCAAAUUUGCGGUGAAUAAUGACAUCCUCAUACCCGCUCCAAUGUACUGGAAUGGAGAGGAGAGAUUCGAUGUUCAGGACGAGAACCCGUGGUCAUCAAAAACCAAUAGAGCGACCUGGCGAGGCACAGCUACUGGUGGGCGGCAUAACGCGCUCAACUGGCCCAACUUCCAUCGCCAUCGAUUCGUGGCUUUGACCAACGGCACGAAAUACUCUCUUGCAGAUGAGACUAGUGAUCGCAUCUUCACGUCGCUUCAGCAACGAUCUGCUCUAUCUCCGCUUCCUGCCAAUUUGCAGAAGAAUAUGAGUUUAUGGAUCACCAAGCAUAAUGAUAUUGCAUUUACAGACAUGUUCUGCGAUAUACCUUCCGAAGAGAGCCAGUGUUGGUACCUGUCAAACGAGUAUGCUGUUACUGAGAGCAUGAGUCUAUCUGAUCAGUACUCUUCAAAAUUCCUUCCGGACAUCGAUGGCAACUCCUUUUCGGGCCGAUAUCGUUCGUUCUUACAGAGCAACUCUGUACCCAUCAAGGCCACCUUGUAUCGUGAGUGGCAUGACUCUAGGUUGAUCUCUUGGAAACAUUUCGUCCCUAUGAACAACCGAUUCACGGACUACUACGCAAUCUUGAGCUACUUCGUGGGCUGCGACGAGGAUCUCUGUGGGAGCGAUGGGAAAUAUGAUGGGCAUGAUUCCGAGGGUGAAGAAAUUGCACGAGCUGGCAGGGAGUGGGCGGAGAAGGUGCUUAGAAAGGUCGACAUGCAGAUCUAUGCUGCGCGACUUCUUCUAGAGUAUGGCCGUCUUACGGACGACAACAGAGAUUCACUGGGCUGGGUCGAGGAUCUCAAAUACGAAGAUCUCAAGUCUGUUAAUCAGACGACAGACGUUGCUGACCCCUGA